CUCCAGGCAACUUUCUCGCUGCCGCCGUCACGACGACAGCGCCGCCGCGCUUUCCCGCUGCCUUGGUGCGCUUAGUGAGCCUGUCUGGAGCUCCCCCGUAAUUCGACCACAUUCGCGACAGCCCUACCACUGUAGAGGCGCCUUCACUCCCGCCUGGUACGCGCAACUUGGAGAAUGCGCCUCUGCAUAUAAUAUGCCCUCCGCUCGCCCAAGGGCUUCAUUUGAGCCUAUACCGCCAGAUUUCGAUGUGCGCACAUUCGUCGAGACCGCAGACAACUUCCAAUAUGUGGAUCGCAUUUCCUAUGAGAUGAUCGCCAGUAAUGGCAUCGAGCAGUUCGAGAAACUCGUCUUGCUCCAUGUUAUUAUUGGCGGGAAGCCUUUAGUCAUCGACGGCUUCGAAGAAGUCCUGGACCCUUGGACGUUCACACCGUCCUGGCUUCGCGACAACCACGGUGACAAAGUCGAGAAUGCGCGUAACCUUACGUCAAAGGAGAACAUCCCUCUCACUAUUAAGCACUACCUCAUGCACCUGACAAAGCUCACCGAUCAAUUCUUCGGCAACCCAGACGGCUACAGAGACAAGACACGCCAGCGGAUUUACCUGAAAGAUAUCGACUGCCCUCAGGUCUGGCAAGACAAGCUCAAGGACCACAUACCUUCCGGUCUGUUUUAUCUCAACGACAGUACUGGAGAGGUUGAUGGAGCUGGUGCAUGGGAAGACUUUACCGGACGCAAAGGCCGCGGCAUUGGGCGCGCUGGAGACCUGAUGAGCAGUCUACCGCCAGAGAUGCGCGCCGAGAAUCUGAUGUGUUACAUUGGGCACGAAGGGACAUAUACACCAUCUCAUCGAGAGAUGUGCGCUUCGCUCGGUCAAAACAUCAUGGUGGACGCGUCCAAGCAGAUCGGCGAGGACGGUAAGCCUGAACACCCUGGAUCCUCGCUGUGGUUUAUGACCGAAAUGAAGGAUCGCCAUCUGGUUUCCGAGUACUGGCUGUCAGUGCUCGGUCACGACAUCGAGGUUGAGGACCACUUCGCCCAGCUGAUUGCAUGGAAGAAGGCACCCUUCAAGACGUACGUUGUCGAGCAGCGCCCGGGCGACUUCAUCCUGAUUCCACCGCUGGCCCCACAUCAAGUCUGGAAUCGCGGAACCCGUACCAUGAAGAUCGCUUGGAACCGUACAACCGUCGAGACCCUCGAACUUGCCAUGUCCGAAGCUCUGCCGAACUCCAGGGUCGUCUGCCGUGACGAGCAAUACAAGAACAAGGCCAUUGUUUACUACACCCUUUCGAAAUACUCACAGCUCAUCAAGACUGCUCGCGCACAGGUCGAAGCCGGUGGCGAACAAGCCGAAGCUAUUCAGCAUUCAGUCAAGGUGCGACAAGUACAACGCGACUUCAAGCGCCUUUUCGACCUCUACAAAUCGAUCAUGCUCUCAGAGAUGUUCGACCACAAUUCUAGAGAGCAGUGUGAGUUCCUUCCUUACGACAGCAAUGUCACCUGCGCGUACUGUAGGUGCAACAUCUUCAACCGCUUCCUUAGCUGCAAGACCUGCAAGAAUUUGUUCAGCUCUGAGAUCGAGGAGCCAUACGACGUCUGCAUGGACUGCUAUUGUAUGGGACGCAGCUGUGGUUGUCAGUCUGGCUACCAGUGGGUCGAGCAGUGGAAGUGGAAAGAUCUCAUCCACAAAUACGAAGAGUGGCGCGCUCAGAUCAUUGAUAUCGACGGUCAUAUGACCGAGAAGACUCCUCUCCCUCUGCAAGAAGAGCGGCGAUACCUUGGCAAGAAGACACUGGCACAAGUGUGUCAGAAGCAGCUAAGGAUCCGACCGUUCGUGGACAUCAAAGCACCACAGAUUGAGGACAAUUCCGAAGAUGAAGAGGUCGAAGUUGACGCUUAUGGCGUCGCGAAGAGGGUCAAGAACAAGAAGCCCAAGAAGUGGUUGAGGACGCACAAGUCUUGCCAUGUAUGCCUGCAUCGGCACCCCAAUUGGAAAGUGGCGUUCUGCUCGAACUGCGACUUAGGCUUUUGUUACGGCACGCUAUUUCGGGCUCACGAUAUGAUGCCUCUGAGCGUUAUGGAGCAACAGAACUGGAAGUGUCCACACUGCCGGAGGGUGUGCAAUACAGGGCACUGUAGACGUGAUCCCCGUCAACGUCCGUACGAACCCAAGGGCACUCUACUUGGCCACGACACCAAAAAGGUAGCAGAUCCUCGCUCUGUCGAAUGUCUCGUCGAUUUCAGUGUCUCCAAUCUCAACUGGAUGCGCGAGGAAGAAGGCAUGGGUCAAACUGCAAUUCAGCGGCGCAUGCAGCAAGCGGAGCAAGACCGAUUGGCAGACCCGUCGCUGGAUCCCCGAUACAUGGACGAAGACCCUACGUACCGAACCGGUAUCGCAUACUCUCCGGUCGAAGAUGCAGACGGUAAUGUCAACGACAACGGUGGCUUCAUUAAAAUCGACACAAUACAAAACGGCGAGUACCCUCACGACCCGGAUGGGGAUAUACCGAGACUGGGACAGAAGCGAGGGCGCGAUGAUGAAGAUGAGCAGACUGGUCGCAAGAAGAAGUCCAAGAAGCAAAAGAAGAAGAAAGACGAAGAUCAGCCACUCGAACCGAAGAAUGUCUCUGGCAAACAAUAUCAGAAGGAGAUGCAGCGUAGGCUCUUGGACGAAGCCAAGCGCGAGGAUCGUUUCAUUCUUGUCGCCGCGAAAAUGAAGAACAAGUCCAAGGUGAUCAAACUCUUCCUGGACCCGCAAAUUCUCGAGAACAUCAGCAACCGACCGGUGCCUGAGCGUCCUUUGGCUACAGCACAACAGGAAACACCCGAGGAGGAAGCCGGUGGCCACAUGGUAUCAAUCCUUCAGUCAGACAUCAUACCUAAAGGCAAUGCUGCAAGGACCAUCGGUGAGAAAGAGAAGGCCACGAAAGUGUUCCGAUACAGAGUGGAGCCUGACGAUUCGUAUAAGUCAAAGAAGCGCAACAACGACGCUGGCGGACCUGCCAAAACAUCCGGUCGACCUCGCGGUUCAAAACGUUACGAAGAGAUCACACUUGACUCCGAUGAAGAGUUGUUCGAUGAUGGUGAUGACGACGAUGCGGACGGCGCAUAUCCUGGGCAGAUUCGUCAACGUAAAUCGAACUGGCUGGCUCGAAAGAAUCAAGAUGAGGAUGAGGGCCUGCCAACAGAGCUCCCUGCCGACUUCAGGGACGGUGGUAUGCGCCCGGGACGUGAUCGUGAGCGAGAGCGCGAGCGAGCCCGUGAACGGACCGAGAAGAGGAAACUGACGCCAGCCAAGCUACAGCCAGGUAUCAGACCGAAGGGUCGGCCCCCAAAUAAUCGUAGCAAUAGCAUGGGGGACAUUGCUGCUGGGCCGGAGAUUGAAGCCCAAGACGCGCCACAGGAGGUCCCAGAAGCGACUGAUGAGGAGGAGGAGGAGGACCAGUCCGUUGAAGCACUCAUGCUUGCCGAACAGGCUGCUGCUGUCGCUCUCGUGGCUCAACAGUGCGAAGAGGAGGCUCGCAAACGUGGAGAGGAGGAGGUACAACGCAAGGCGGCUGAGGAAGAAGAGAAAGCGGCAGCAGCCGAGCGUGAAGCACAGGAGAAUCUGCGCGCCAAGAUGGCGCUUUUCAACUCUGAUGAUGAUGAGCCUGUAGACGAUUUUCUCAACGACCUUGUCGAUGAGGACCCAGUCCUGGACGAUGACUUUGACUUUGCUGAGCCCAUCCGCACUGGCCCGCCUCAGGCGACGAACUCUCUAUUCGAUCGUCCAGAGAUGAACGGCAAGAAGAUCAAGGUUGUCUCUACUGCCUCGAAGCGUAACGGCGAAACUAUCAGAACGACCACUACAACCACCUUUACGACACCUGUAUCGACAUUUACGAGCGUCAACAAGGAACCACAAGCAGUGGACAUGUCAGACUCUGACGAUGAUGACGAGAUUCCUGCAAGUGCUCCUGUACCCAAGAAGGCUGUGGGCCGACCUCGUGCGGUGCCAUCGAGAGGCGGCAUGGUGCCAAUUCGAGGUGGUGGUACGCCAAAGCGUGGCCGUGGACGACCAAGGAAGACUACGUAAAACUUGGACAGAGCUGCGGCGGAGAAAAUUCAAGUACAGGGUUUGUUAGUGUAUCCUAUCUUCUUUCUUUGCAUCCCAGCGAGGCGCUUGGGAAUUUUCACGGUAUCUACGUUGGUUUGCUUUCCGAUUAGGAUAGCUCGGUCAACCGUAGCAGUCAGCCAUACAGCCCUGUAGGCUCAACGAUACCAUUUCAACCAUACGACUGCAUCGUUUCGAAUUUCUGAUAUCGAGAGAAUAAUCGAGCGGAAUACCCCUGG